AUGGGAAGACUUACCCAAGCUACCCUGGAUAACCAAUCCACUCUCGAAGUCCCUGGCUUUCAUGAUCUUCCGGUCAAUGUGGAACUGGCCCAUGAUGAAUUCGCCACGGGCACAAACGCAUGGUCCGCUGGAGUUCUAACCGCCAAGGAACUGGCCAUGCUAGGGUUAAUCAACAAUUUAACCGACCGACCGAACUGGCACCGCGAUAUCUUUGACCAACGUGUUAUCACUCAAUGGCGAGAGGACGCCGCUGCGUUCUCGUCGUUGAUCAAUGAUAAAACAUGGGACUGGUGCUUGAAAGAGCUGCAAGACAUGGCUCGAAAAUUUGAUCGUGGUGGUCACACCGUCGUCUUCAACACGCACAGUGGAGUCUGCAAAUCCGAUACUGCAAUUUCUUCCCGUCUAAAAUCCCAGCUCUUGAAUUCUGUGGACCUGCUUUCCGAACAAGCGGUGCGAGAGACCUCAGACCCAGCUGUGAAGAAUUUCGUCGACCCCUCUCUAUUUCCUCUUGUCUAUGGAAAAACGAAAGUUAUGCCUAGUGGCCAAUCUUGCGGAAUGCACGAACAAUCCUGGUCGUCAUGCAAUAAAGAUGGUCCAGUGCUUUCGGAAACCCCGAAGGUGGACACGGGUGCCAUGAGACUACCAGGAGGCAAAUCCAGGCACAUAUGGUCCUCGAAAUUUCAGUGGCUUCCAUGUGAAGUGGAAGUUACUGGUCCUUCGGGAUCCACCGAUGUCACGGAUGUUCACAUCUCCUCUUACAUCAAUAAUAUCCAUCCAACGAACAAGAAGAUGUACUCUGCGGUCGAGGCCGUGAUUUCUGCGAGCAUCAAACAAUGGAAUGAGGUUCUGGUCCGUAAUCGGUUAACGAACACGCCCACCGUCUACCAUGAAUCCCAUCCGCGUGAGCCGGUACGGAUACGCACUUACGGAGUCGAGUGGAAAACCGAGUUUCCUAAAUGGGCGAAGAAGUUACCCCGCAAGGAAGAUGAGAGCAAACUCUCUGCGGAAGAAUACGAAUCGAUGUGUGCUCAGGUGGAGGCGUCCCUACAACAGCCUGACUCCAAAGACGAAGUCUGCUGGCCUUGCUUGAAAACAAAGCCCAUCGCAGAGGAUUGGAAAGUCCGUUGGGGUCUACUCAAGACCGCUUUGAAUAAGUAUGCUUGCACUUUUGUUUUUGAACACUCGGACCCAGGAACGGCAUACUCUUAUGCGGACUGGAAAGCCGGGAGGACCCAGGAAGCAAUUGUUGGCCCACCGCACCACGAUGCUAUUUGCAGUCUGGAUUACGAGCGGGGUCGAUUUAUGGAGGCAAACCCUUGGUUAAGCCACCUUUCCUGGAUGUAUAUGCCAAAGGAAGAGGGGGAUACCGAUCACGAGUUCUAUGAAGUCGCAUUGCAGGAUGAAUUUCAGCAGCAGGGCCUUCAAGUUGUCGUCCGCAUUCAUGGCAUUGAGCUAGAUCCUAAGACCCCAACCUUCGCCGGCGAGGAGUGGCACACCGAAGGAAAUGCGAACGAGCGUAUACGGUGCAGACAAGGUGGUCCGUGGGUCUACGACCUGAUUGGCGGUUGGGAUACUGACGAAGAGGAUGACAGCGACUUCGAUGAUCCUGUGAAUAUGACCAAGAAUUCCCACUGGGACCUCAAGUACAUAGGAAUGCUUCUGGGGCGCGAAAAAUUGCAAAAUAGUCCAGCUUUGCAGGAGCUUGGGGAAGUGAAAAUGCCUUCAGGCCGCCUGAUCUCCUUCCCGAACGCUUUCCAGCACAAAAUGGGCCCAUUGCAGCUUGAGGAUAAGACCAAACCCGGCCAAUGUCGCUUUCUCACUUUGUCUCUUGUUGACCCGAGCUACCGGAUUUGCUCUACACGCAACGUUCUCCCUCAGCAAACCGGGUGGCUGAAAGGCGACGGCAUUGAGACUGUAUCACAAAUGGACAUGAGUGAGGCCCUGGAGCUGAGAGAAGAACUAGUCAAGGAGCAUGCCAAGAAGGAAGAUGGUAUUCCUGAGAUUGCUGGGAUUUUCUAUUUCCCUGGAUUUCAGUGA